UGCAGAUACCGCAUGCGUCAAAGCUCUUGCGGGUGAGCCGGACGCCGUGGAAACGGGAGAAGUCAGCGGGUGAUGCCGGAGCCCCUGGGCCUCACCUGGCAUCAUAAUGUUGACAAGUAUGGAUUAAUUGCUUAGAAGCCAGCAGGAAGAAAGCUCAGAGACAGACAGCAAAGAGGGCACUGUGCUGGAGUAGUCAACGUGAGUCGCUUUGAAUUUCUGAACAGCAAUCUACUCUUUCUACUUCGUUUACAGGAUGCAUGUGAUAUUAAGAAAGGAGAAUCCUCGGAUGGAAAAUUCAAACAAAACAUCGGGUCAAGACCAGAACAGACCGUGUGACUCAUGCAGCCCCAGAGCUCUUCAGCGUUUGGAAAUGGAAGUGAGAAGGUCCAUUCUGGCAGGCAAGAAGACAUUUGUAUGCUCUGUGUGUGGGAGGGGCUUCACCCGUUCAUACACCCUGCUGAGACACCAGCGGAUUCAUACUGGGGAGAAGCCCUACACGUGCUCCAUGUGUGGAAAAGGAUUCACGCAGUCAACCCACCUCAUCGCACACCGACUUGUCCACACCGAUCAAAAGCCUAUUAAGUGUUCCGACUGCAAGAAGAGUUUCAAAAGCAGGGCUCAUCUGCUGAAACACCAGCACGUACACAGUGAGGACAGACCCUUUGCCUGCUCUGCUUGUGGAAAGGGAUUCACUUCUUCAUCCAACCUCACCGCGCACCAGCUCGUUCACACUGACCAGAGACCUUUUAAAUGUCCGGACUGUAAGAAGAGCUUUAAAAAGAGAAGUCACUUGCUGAAACACCAAAAGACUCACACUGGGGAGAGGCCGUUCAUCUGCACCGUGUGUGGGAAAGGAUUCACCCAGUCAUCCAACCUCACAGCACACCAACUGGUUCACACUGAUGAGAAACCUUUCACAUGUUUUGAAUGUGUAAGGGGCUUUAAGAGUAAGCAGGAACUGCUGAAACACCAGCGGACUCACAGUGGAGAGAGGCGCUUCACCUGCUCUCAGUGUGGGAAGGGAUUCACUGUAUCCGCUGACCUGCAAAGGCACCAGCGUGUUCACACCGGAGAGAAACCAUUCAACUGCACGCACUGUGGAAAAGCGUUCCGAUGUUCGACCAACCUUAUCAGGCACCAGCGAGUCCAUACAGGGGAGCGGCCCUUCUCCUGUUUGGAGUGCGGGAAAAGAUUCACUCUGUCAUCCUAUCUGCUGAGACACCAGCUGAUUCACACUGGGGAGAAGCCCUUCGCUUGCUCUUUAUGUGGGAAGGGAUUCACUCAGUCAUCCAGCCUGCUGCGACACCAGCAAGUUCACAAGUGACUGCAGCUUGUAUUUGACUGUACUGCUGUGGUUAUUCAUAACCAGGACAAAAUGCCUUUUGUCCUGAGAGUCUGGGUUGUUUCUGUUGCUUGUUUAUGUUGUUGCUGUAAGCGCGGGCUUGCUUUGAUAACAUCGUUGGACACCUUUGUGCAAUAUCCAUCUCAAUGUGUUUGAAAUGUUUUAUCUGUUAGCAUCUCUGAAAGUGUUGAACAAACUAUACUGCAUUUGGACUGAUUUGCAUGUAAUAUGUAAUGAUACCUCUAUGGAAGAAGACGGGAAAUUGAUUAAUUGGAUCGCCUGAUACAGGGAUCCCUUUGUAUAAGAGGUUGUGUUUCAUCUUUCUGACACCGUGCGGUCAGCUGACAUAACACAGGUGAAGAUUAGCAUUAGUGACACAGUAAUUAAAUCAAUAUUGGAAACUAUUUUUAAAACUAAUACUUCUAAAAUGGUGACAAACUAUUAGUUUCAAGAUAUCAGGAAAAAAGAACACACAGAUCAAACUCUGAACUGAAAGCGAAGCACAGCGGCCUUGAUAGACGCUCGUCUCCGAUGCCACGGGGGACAGAAGAUCAUGAGAAGCAGCAGUGAAAAUCUCCAAAACGUACUUUGGUAAAUUGGUCUAAUAUUCUUGCCUGUACCGAGGUGCAGUGAAGAAUUUUGUUUUGCAUGCAGAAGAUUUCAUUUUUAACAGUGCAUUGAUUUGUACAAGGGAAACAAGUGUUACAGUUACAGGGAACGUUUAAUGUAGCUGGACGGAAG